AUGAUCACAAAGACCCUGAUAUUUUGGACUCUUUUGCUCGUCGGUGAGUCUGUUACAUACUUGUGCUAUAGCGUAAAACAAGAAAAGUGUUUAAGGAUGUCAGGCUGGCAGGAAGUUGAUAAACUUCGAAAACUGGCAACACAAGUAUCACGAUCAGCUGGAACUUCGCAUUCAAAAGUGUACUAUCGAUUGGGAAACGGACGAAUUGAUUGCUUUCCUCAACUUUAAUCGUUUCCUCUUUUGCUCUGAGAACUUUCUGGAGUGCAACGCCCUGGUAAGCAAGAAGAAGAAGAAGGCCACCUAAAGUUUCAUUUCAGGUCUAUGACAAUGCUCUGGAAGAAAAAGCUGUAGAAAUGGCAUUGGACAUAUGUGAUCAAGCUGCGAAGGAAAUAGGUGGGUUGACAAAACGUUCCCUAACAAUAUUAUCGAUUAAGGUUUCGACCCAGCAUCAGACUACCGAGUAUGGUACAGUAAACAAAGAAUGAUCAGGUUUUGGCUUAAGUUAUAUUUACUUUCGAUAUUAUGAAGUUACAGCCUGGAUACUGACGCUCUGAUCAACAGGACACUGAGCGAAGGCGACAAUCUGGGCGACUUGGAACUGCUGUUUCCGACUCGUGAACAAUUCGGUUGUGCGACGUCAUCGUGUCAAACGCACAUUUGUCUCAUCUCUCCCGGCAACACGUGGACGUUCUCGGAUCUGAAAUUCACGAAUGUGACCCCGAAAAGUGCUGAUAACACCAACCGAAUCGCUUGGGUCCUCAUUAUCACUUCUCUUGCUGUUUGCAGAUGGAUCUGA